AUGUCCCAAAUAAGUGUUAGAGACACUAUUGAACAACAUGAUACAGAAUCUCUUAGAAAUAGGGAUUCAUCGGAAAAUCGUGAUGAACAAAGAUCGUCUAUCAACAAAACUGCUGCAAUGACUGCGAAAUCCACCAAAAAGAGUAAUAUUCAACCAGUAAAUGUUAAUGGACAAAAAUCACUUGUUCAAAAAACUAAACCAACAAUUUCAAAAUCUCCCGAAAAUAUUGUGGAUCCUUUAAUAGAUUAUGAUGGACGAAAAUUCAGUUUUCAAAACGUUCCACCACUGUCACUAUGUCAAGGUUUUCAAUCGAGUAUUAUCGUCCAUCCGAAGGCAGAACCAUGGAAACCGUAUGGAUUUUAUCGCGACAAAGAAAAGGAUAAAAAACAAAAGGAAGAAGAAGAAAAGGCAAUGUCUAAACUGCAAGAAGAACAAUCUGCUAUAAAACAGAAACCUCCUAAAGAUACAAAGACACCAUGGUAUCCAGCUGGUAUCAGCAAAUUGAAGAAUCAGGAAUCGUCAAAAGACAAGAAAAAUGAAGAGCAGUCGCAACGUGAAAAGGAUAAUUCACAAUCAAAAACUGUUGUAGAAAAGCAACCUAAGCCCAUUCGAGAGUCAGAACCACGUUGGACUCCUGCUGGCAAAAUAAAGUACGCACCACAACGAUACUUUGAUCCACCAGGUUUGAGAUGGACAUCAAAGGAGGUCAAAAAAUUUAUUACUGAAUCCAAGCAAACUGAGAAGAAUCCAUCGAUGGAUAGAAGUCCACAACAAACAACUUCUUAA